CUUUUUCACUCCGCCGUCCAAUCAGAAUCGAGGCACGCGGGUGCGGUUUUGACAGACCCGGAAAUGCACCAAUUGUUGUGACCCUUAGCAAAACGCUCCGUUCUGAGGGAAGAAAAGUGUGUUGAAGAUGAGUUACUACUACGGCCAGGGCUAUCCAGGAGGAGGCAACCCACCACCGAAUGCUCCGUACGGGGGCGGCGGUGGUCCCUAUGGGGCUCCACCCUCCGCUCCAUACGGUGGAGCAGCGCGUCCACAAGGAGGGCCUUACGGUGGUUAUGGAGCUCCAGGUCAAGGAGGACAAUAUGGACCCACACCAGGAGGUGCCCCUGGUGGUCCUUAUGGGGGUUAUGGAGGACCGUAUGGACACCAGCCUGCUGCAGUUAACAUCCCCCCUGGAGUUAACCCAGAGGCAUACCAGUGGUUCCAGACUGUUGACACAGACCGAAGUGGCCGCAUCAACCUAAAGGAGCUGAAGCAAGCACUUGUCAACUCUAACUGGUCUGCUUUUAACGAUGAGACCUGCCUUAUGAUGAUUAACAUGUUUGACAAGACACGAUCAGGACAAAUUGACCUGUUUGGCUUCUCGGCACUGUGGGACUACAUGCAGCGAUGGAGAGCGUUGUUUCAGCAGUAUGACAGAGAUCGCUCGGGGACUAUCAGUGGCACAGAGCUACACCAAGCUUUGGCUCAGAUGGGUUACAACCUCAGCCCCCAGUUUUCAGAGACUUUGGUGCGACGCUUCUCCGUGCCAGGCAUGCGACCUGGCAUGCAGCUUGAUCGCUUCAUCCAGGUGUGCACCCAGCUCCAGAGCAUGACGCAGGCCUUCAGGGAGAAGGACACUAACAUGACGGGACACAUCCGCAUCAACUAUGAGGAUUUCCUCUCCGGUGCCAUCGUCAGGCUGAUGUGAGCCCACUGACCAUCCUCCUGCACUGUGGAUGAUUCCAUGUCAUGUUGUGUUCCGCUUUCAAGCCUCUACAUCAUUUUACUGCAGUUUGUACUACUUUAUAUAGUUUUCUGUAGGCCUCUAUGUAGUGACUACAGUCAGUGCCAGGUUUCCAAACAGCCAUAGAUGCCUUCAUGCAACAGGAUUUGAGUUGAAAGGUUAGUUUACGGUACACCUCUAUUAAUUCAAAUGAUGACCUCACGGCUCUUCUAUCCAUAGGACCAGUGAAUUUGCUCAUAUUGAAGUUAGACUUUAUUUUCUUUUUAUUAUUUUAUGUUGGAAAAAGUUUUAGUGGUGGGAAAUCUAAAGUCAAACCUAUAAAACAGGACUGGCAGCGAUGCAAAGAUUUUGGCUUCCAGAUGUUUUGGUGUAAGAAUCACCCUUUGAUUUUGCAUUAUUCUUACUUGAGGUGAUUUCAAUGAUGACAUCAAUAAAGGCUAUGCAGAAUGUAUGGGAGCCUUGCAGGUAUAAAAAAAGGGGCAGAGCAGGGAGAUGCAGGGCUCCUCAGACCAGAGUAACUGGUCGAUAGCUACUAGCUUAGGUUGCACAGUUAAAAUAAAUUAGUCUAUCAUAGAUUUUGCUAUAUUGCACUCCUGUAAGCCAGUGUCAACAACUGAUACAUGUGUAUCUGUGACCAAAACAGAGCAGAGGAGCAGUGAUGAAACUGUGAUUGUGGGACCAGUUGUGUUGAAGACAAUACAGUCCACUAUGGUAUAAAAUGCACUUAUAAAUGACAUUACAGUGCCAAAUGCCAAAUGAUGCCAACAACAAAUAAACAACAUUGUAUGAUA